AUGGGCAUGUCCUUCGCCUACGGCCCGCCCAAGCCCGAGGCGGACAUGGUGAAGCUCAUCCACCACGCCGUCGCCGCCGGCGUCACCCUGCUCGACACCUCCGACUUCUACGGGCCACACACCAACGAGCUCCUCCUGGGCAAGGCGCUGCAGGCCGACGGGGUCAGGGAGAAGGUGCAGCUGGCCACCAAGUUCGGCGUCUCGUUCGGCGACGGCCAGACGGAGGUCCACGCACUACGCCAAUAA